UAGAUCAGAGGCAGGCGUGUGGAGAUAACACAAGACACUUAAGAUAAAAACUUUCACAACGCUUUGACACAACGUGUCGACUGAUGAAGUUUCAAAUUCUUUGAGCGCUCCAAGAUUCGUUGAUGCUUUGACUACGGAUUUGUAACAUUACCAAAAGCUCAAGGUAGAUAAUCAACAUGAAUGGCUUCUUUGUGUUCAUUGUUUAUCUUCCCUUGAUUGUCUCAACCUCGGCGCCGAUUCCCUGCUGCUGGUACAAACAGUGGGAAGGUUUUGUCGCCCAGAAACAUGGAGUCUAUGACAGUGUCGGCAACUUUGCUUCAGUCGCGGACAUACAAGGAACGAUUCACAUGGAUUACAAUCGCCUCAUGGUAGUCAAUGACUUAGUGAUGACCAACGCCAGCCAGGUGUUCGCCUUGUCCAGCAUUGAAGAUUACAACAAGAAUGUUUCUUAUACAAUCAUAAGUGGUCAAUGUUACAAGGCUCCACUUCGAGGUCGGCUGCAGGACAAUUGCGUGCCAGAGAACUCUCAUUAUCUUGGAAAUCACAGUUAUCUAGGUAUUGUGGCUGACACUUGGAUACUCCCCUACUACAGCAAAAUUCUGACAACUUCAGUGCGCAUGACUGUCACUAGGGACGGAUGUAUCCCAAUUCAAGAAGUGCUGUUGACUAUAUCCUCCACAUCAAGUUUAAGUUUUAUUAACAUGAUGAAUAUCACUCAAGGUAUUGUAGACCCCAAUAUAUUUAACAUACCAAGUAUAUGUCAACAGACUCCUAUACACAGUUCACAGGUUCCCUUAAUGGAUCUUGUAGGUCUCCAUUCUUUUGUGAAGUACAAAAUUGUUUAGCCAGAACUUCUUGCACUGUUUGAUUUCCAUGUUUUACUUAUGUCUUUGUUUGAUCACCAUUAAAUAUAAUUAUUAAACGCAA